AUGGUGUGUGUGACAGCCCUGGUGUCCCUUCACAGACCAGAUACAGCCAAUGGUGUGUGUGACAGCCCUGAUGUCCCCUCACAGAUGGGUAAAUCCAUGGUGUGUGUGACAGCCCUGGUGUCCCUUCACAGACCAGAUACAGCCAAUGGUGUGUGUGACAGCCCUGAUGUCCCCUCACAGAUGGGUAAAUCCAUGGUGUGUGUGACAGCCCUGGUGUCCCCUCAUGGAACAGGAUUCCUCAGGAGCAGAAUCGUAUUAAAGCAGGAAAGGAGAAAGCAAAAGGAAUUCUUUGAAAAGAGGAAGCUUAAAUCAAAGAUGAAGCUUCUGGGAGUAUCGUCUCCUAAAAGUUCAUCAGUCAGUUUAGAUCUCCUCAAUCUGUAUGUUGUCAACCAGAUAUCAACCACAAAAGACAACAGAGAGAACGUGAGGAAGCCAGUCCACGUUGAUAUCACUGAGGAUGUAAAAAUACCUGUUAGGAGGCACAACAUAGAGCUUCCCACAUCACCACUACGUACACAACAUAUGUCAGACUUAGGUGACAUCCAGGACAGGUUACAAAAGCAAGUAUUGGACAGCAGAAGGCAGCAUCUCUCAGAGAAAGGAAAAUACCAGCGUAAUUUAUCACAGGUAACAGAAUUAACGUAUGCUGAUUCUAGUAUGGAACAUGAAGACAACAUAGCGGGAGCUUUUAAUGCUUGUCCAUUGUCCUCUUCUGUUUUUUGGUCCUCUAACUGUACACAAUUUUCAGAAGAAAAUUUCAACACAAACCUAAUGGGCAACACUUGGAAACAGUCCUAUGUAGAGUACCCGCAAAACCAGCAAGGAAAUAGUUCUGAUCAAGACCCUUGGAUUACAAAACAUCCAAGCAGGUGUAUUUUCAGGAAGUCUGAUGCAGUGCCUCAGGAACUGUUUAAGCCAUUGCAUAGGCUAGACUUUAUGAAUUCUGCCAGGAAAAAUCCAGUGAUGAUGACCAGUAACGAAUCAGAAAACAGUGAAGGAAUAAAAGAACCGUUGUUUGAUGUUGUGAAAGAAACUGCAGAACUAAAAGCUCCCCAAGAUUGUUCCUUUCUGGCACUGUUUGAAGAUGAGAGCCAACCAAUCCAUGCUAAUCCUUCCACAAAACAUUUUAAUCCUUUUGUUAACCAAAGCAGUACUGAGAUUUUUUUCAUUGAUCCUGAUGAUAGAAAUCAAAUGACCAACAGAAAUUAUCCUUAUGAUACUAGAGAGGCUUAUCCUGCAAUCAAUGCAAAAAGAUCUGUAGGCAGACACCUUGAAAGCAUUUUCACAGCUCCAGAACAGAUUUUGCUUAAAAGUAACAAUGCCUCAAGUGCAAGCUACAAGAAAACCAGCGGACUUCAUAAAACCUACCUGCAGGACUGUCAUGAGCAACAGCACUACCUCAUACCCUGUGAAAACAAAGAAAAACCUGCAAACCUUGAAAAAAACGAGACAUUUGCUUAUCACCAUGAUCAGCAGAUUAACUUAAAGGAGAAUGUGCAGAACUAUUCAAGAAAGAAAAGUGAUGACGAGUCUGUGAAAGAAUCAGUCUGGAGACAGAAAAAGCUCUUUGGAUUUGAAGAGUUCACAGCAGCACAAGAGAAAGAGUAUAAGGUUGGAUUGAGUUCAAAUCUUCACAAGAUGGAGAAGGAUGGGGAGUCGUCACUCAGCAGCCAGUCUCCCAGUUACUCCCCAAGGCAGGCAGAGAGCUGUUUCAGCUCUAGCCCUGACACAUCUGAAGAGGAAAACACAGUCAAAAAGAGGGAAUAUCUGAAUGAACGGUGCUUGAAGAGAGACGAUGCCAACCUAAUCCCAGCCUCAGCAAGUACAGAGCCCUCCAGGACCUCUCGCACCAGAACCGGGCCUCUCCAGCCCAGCACUAUUUUGACUAGAGAAGAAGCAAACCAUCUUCAGGAAAAAGACUCUAUUUUACGUGCCACAGAGGAGGAAAAUAAAAGCCACACCGUCCCACCUGAGAGGAGCUCAUUACACCACGCUCUUAAAAGUGAGCCUGUCACCCGCAGCACCGGGCGUGAUGGUUGGUCGCAGACCGAGCGCUCGGUUACAGAAGUGGAGAAAGUGGAUGUUGCCACCCAGUGCGGCACCCUGCGGGUGUGCAGCUGCGGGAGGUCCCUCCCCUCUGCCCGCAGCCCGGGGGGGCUCCCCCCUCCCAGCAUCUCAGGCGCCGCUGGAGGGCACAAAAUGCCAGCACACGAGGCGCCGCCGCCCGCGGGCACCGGCGGCGCGGCAGGAACAGCGGCGUUUCCCGCUGGAGACGAGUGCCUGAGGCUGGCCGGCAGGAGGACUCUGGAGGCGCUCAACUACAUUGGUAUAAUGAAGGAGAGGGAUAAGCUGUGA